AGCUUGACCAUCCCCAGGAUAGCGACAUCUCUCGUCGACGAAGUCGAGCGGCCGCCCAGCGCAUUUCUCUGCCUCUUCCCCUGCACCACCGCCGCUUCCGCCAAAACGCUCGCUGGGAGAACAGAGCUUCAACGCGCGCGGCGGUUAAAGGGAUGCCGGAGGCUGCCAUCGGAGGAAGAAGAGGAGGAGGGAUAAUGCUCCGCCGGCGGGGCAGCAAAGCCAAGCGGAGAAAGCGUAAGGAGUUGUUCGUCGUCCAGAUGCUCUUUGCGGGGACGCUGCUGGUGUUCGUCGUAGGACUCCAGACUGUGGCACAGACAGCAGGAUCUCAUGUUUCCAGCUCUGUAGCCAUGGAAGCGAGGUGGUGGCAUCGUCACCUGCUACAAGACGUUUACGACAAUGAGUCCAAGAUUUACUCUGACCUAGAGACAAACUGCACAAAGCCAGCAAUCCACGAGUUCCCCACGGAUUACUUCACCAAUCAGGAGCGGAGUGAAGGAGCUGUAGGUCUGCACGUCCUCUGCGCAGUCUAUAUGUUCUACGCCCUGGCUUUGGUUUGUGACGACUAUUUUGUUCCCUCACUAGAAAUGAUAUGCGAGCAUCUACAUCUGAGCGAGGAUGUUGCCGGGGCAACCUUUAUGGCAGCAGGCAGUUCAGCUCCCGAACUGUUCACUUCUGUCAUUGGAGUGUUCAUCACAAAGGGGGAUGUUGGCAUCGGGACCAUCGUGGGCUCAGCUGUGUUUAACAUCCUCUGUAUCAUUGGGGUGUGUGGAAUAUUUGCUGUACAGACAAUCCAUCUCUCCUGUUGGCCUCUGCUCAGAGACUCUGUGUAUUAUACCCUGUCCAUCUCUGCCCUCAUAGUGUUCAUAUAUGAUGAAAAGGUGGUUUGGUGGGAAGCGCUCACAUUAAUUCUGAUGUAUUUCGUUUACAUUCUGAUUAUGAAGUUAAAUUCCCAUGUUGUUCAUUUUCUGGAGCAACGGAAGAAGAGCUCUUGCAGUUUGAAAAAGGGAGCAGCCAGUAACAUAGAGUUAGAUGAUGGCUGUGAUGCUACAGCGGUUUUGCUGAAGAGAGCGACCCAUGACAGGAAGCCCUCGGUGCUGAUGGUGGAUGAGCUCCUGUUGGCCUACCCCCACCAGCUCUCCUUCUCUGAGGCUGGCCUAAGAAUCAUGAUCACCAGCCAUUUCUCCCCCAGAACCCGCCUCACCAUGGCCUCUAGAAUGCUCAUCAACGAGAGGCAGCGUUUCGUCAGCACUCAGUCUUUGCCCAACGGGGACUCAGAUGUUCCAGUGAAGUGUGAAAGCAGAUGGGGCAUAGAAAACGGGCUGUCUGCAGCAGAGCGGGGUGUCACUGUCCAACAAAGCGACCGAGAGGCUGACGAGACAGAAAAUGAAGACAAUGACAACAAUGAGAACGACGAAGAGGAGGAAGAGGAGAAUGGACAUGGACUCUUUGUACCUUUCCAAUGCCCAGCAGGUGCAUGUAACAAACUGAAGUGGCUGCUUGCUUGGCCACUGUGCCUGCUGUUGUACUUCACGGUCCCCAACUGCACCACACCUCGCUGGGAGAACUGGUUUAUGCUGUCAUUUGUCUUCUCCACCCUGUGGAUUGCUGCCUUCUCCUACGUCAUGGUCUGGAUGGUAACAGUGAUCGGAUUCACACUCGGCAUCCCAGACGUCAUCAUGGGCAUCACCUUCCUGGCAGCUGGCACCAGUGUUCCUGACUGCAUGGCCAGCCUGAUUGUGGCACGACAGGGGAUGGGAGACAUGGCAGUGUCCAACUCUAUCGGCAGUAAUGUGUUUGACAUCUUGGUGGGACUCGGCCUCCCCUGGGCCUUGAAAACGCUGGCUAUUAACUACAGGUCCGAUAUUAAGCUAAACAGCAAAGGCCUGAUCUUCUCUGUGGGGCUUCUGUUAGCGUCCGUAUUCAUGACAGUGCUAGGAGUCCACCUCAACAAAUGGACACUGGACAAACACCUGGGUUUCAUGUGUCUCCUCCUCUAUUCCGUCUUCCUUUGUUUCUCCUGCCUCAUUGAGUACAACAUCUUCACUUUUGUUAACUUGCCAACUUGUCAGAAUGACUGAUCUGCAAACACACACAUGCACACACGCACACACACACACACAAACACACACACACACACACACACACACACACACACACACACACACGCACACUAGAAGUUGUGUUUGCCAGAAAAGUGGAAGAAGUGAAUAUAUGGUGGAGUUCAACGCUAAGUAAAAGCAAUUUAUCACAGGUCUAAUUCACACAGUUUUUCUGAAUAAAUUCCACUCAGUUGAGUUCUUUAGAUUCUUCUAUGAGUGCAAUAUUUAGCAGCUCUGUUUAGUCAUAACUACAAUAUUGAAUUGAUUUUAGGAGUUAGUACUUGCCUUCACACAUGAAGGACUGAGUACAGCCUGCUCAUUGCUCACUUCCGAUGUGUGACGAAUAUUCAUCUUGUAUUUAGGUGUGAUCAAUAUUUUCUAGCUGCUAACCUUUCCGAACGGGAAGGUUGGUCAUUGAGAAUAAUAAUAAUAACAUUAAAAGCAAUUCUGUAAAUACUUGGGAAGGGGUAGCAAAGUGCUGUGUUGGUGCGAACAACAAAGACUUGUCUAGUUGUUUUCACAAAGCCGACUUAAUUGGCUUUGGACAUCUCGGUUAUGCAAGUGAGCACAGUUUACACCAUGACCCUGGGACUACUUCUACUGCCACUGUGUGCAUUUCUAUUUCUUCUUCUAUUUUAAAAUGUGUUUGUUUGUUGAUGAGAACAUUUAUAUACUGUAAAUGCAUAUACAAGUGAUUGUCUCCUGGGCAUUAUCAAUGUUUUUCAUGAACAGCGUUCCUACUGUAGCGCACAGUGUUUCCUACUCAUUCAGUUCAUGACAUUUCUUCUAUAAAGGUAACAAAUACACUUCAGAUGGUGUUAUUCAUGGACACCAAAGCGCUGUUCAUAUUCUGAAGUACAAACUCUUCCAAAGGCACAUGUGGUGAAGUGUACUGACAGAAGCAGCUGAAACAAAUAUGGUGAGACUGUUACUGCUAUGCUGAUUAUAAGGACAGUUACCUUAUGAAAUGAAGCAGGUUGGAAUUAAACAUGUCAUCAAAUGCUUUAUUUUCGGGAUCAGAGUGAUUGUUGUGGAUGUGUGUCAUAGUCAGAACAGUCCAAGACACUAACCAAAUACUCCUAGUGGCCAAUCUCUGUAUGGAUGGAACGCUUAACCAAGACUUGUCCAGCUACUGUAGGUUUGUGGUCUACCUGUUAGGAAGAAAUGUUGAAUUUAAAUUCUGUGAUUUUAUAAAACAUUGACUCUUUUGUUAAUUGUUUGUAUCUGUGCUCCUAGCUGAUGCCCGUGUGUACCAGUAGCCAAAAAGCUAUUUUUGUAGAUAGAGACUAUUACUUUGUAGGAAUAUUUAUCUAGAAAAAGCACUUAGUAUAUAAAUCAACUCAUAUGAUCCAUUUAGUUCAUACAUUUUGUGCUGCUAUGUCCAUACCAUGUUUUUUAAACGAGAUAUGUUGUUGAUGUACAUAUGUAUAUAACUGUGUAAAUGUGUUAUAUUUUUGUCUGAAUCUGUAUAUCUCAUAUGUGUUGAAUAUAUUUUCAUAGAUUCCAGGUUCCUUGUGAUCCGCAUUGUUUUGAUGAAGCCGUUGUUUUUGAAAACUUGCAUGGAAAUGUUUCAAUAUUGUAAAUUAUUCUGAUCAGUGUUAAUAUGCUUUGGGGAAAUAGUUUUAUGUGGCGUUAUCUACUUAGAUAUCUACUGCAUGUUGCAUUUACUUUACAAUAUCAAAAGUUAAGGUGUUUGCAGUUGAUGUUUCUUUAUGAGCGUUGCCUCCUAUCACACAAGACCUUUUUCAACAAAAUCUUUACUUUGUGUUCAGAUGUUUCUAAUUUAAUUUUACAUAUAAUUUAGCUUAGCAUUAAUAAAGUUCUUCCUUCUUAAGGUCGA